AGCGGAAGCGCGGCUGUUCUGAGGGAGCGACUCUCAGGGAAGGAGGGAGCCAUGGGGGUCGGGCGCGGGAGGGACUCGCCGCCGCCGCCGGCAGCAGGAGCCGAGGAGGAGCCGCCGUGCGUUCGCCCCGAGAGCCUGCCUGCCUUCUGCUGAGCCAUGGGGGAAAACAGCCCUGAGAAUGUCAUCUACUACAAGGUGGAGGAAGAGGAGGAGGAGGAAGAGGAGGAGGAGGACUGGGCCUGCGAGGAGGAGGAGCGGCUGCUGGGGUUUGCAGACAAGAACGGCCUGGCGCCGGCCUCCCCCCGGACGGUGUAUGACCGGACAACGGUCCUCAUUGAGCAGGACCGCCAGGGGCCCUUGAAGGACGAGGACGAAGAGGAGGAGGGCCCCUGCGCCGGGGACGCCCUGCUCUUCCUUCCCGAGGGCCACGAGGAGGAUGCCUUCCCUCUGAUCGCUGACCAUGAAGGCAUGUCCCAGGGCUACGUGCAGCACAUCAUUUCCCCCGAUCAGAUCCACUUGACCAUCAACCCCGGCUCCACUCCCAUGCCCAGGAACAUCGAGGGAGCCACCCUCACCUUGCAGUCAGAAUGCCCCGAGACAAAGCUCAAAGAGGUGAAGCGCUACCAGUGCACUUUUGAGGGCUGUCCUCGCACUUACAGCACUGCAGGCAACCUGCGUACCCAUCAGAAGACGCACCGGGGGGAGUACACUUUUGUGUGCAACCAGGAGGGAUGCGGGAAGGCUUUCCUCACAUCCUACAGUCUCAAAAUCCACGUCCGGGUCCACACCAAGGAGAAGCCUUUUGAGUGUGAUGUUCAGGGCUGUGAAAAAGCCUUCAAUACACUGUACAGGUUAAAAGCUCAUCAGAGACUUCACACAGGCAAGACAUUUAACUGUGAAUCGGAGGGUUGCAGCAAGUACUUCACCACGCUCAGUGAUCUGCGGAAACACAUUCGGACUCACACUGGAGAGAAGCCGUUUAGGUGUGACCACGAUGGCUGUGGAAAAGCCUUUGCUGCAAGCCACCACCUAAAGACGCAUGUCAGGACACACACUGGUGAAAGACCCUUCUUCUGCCCCAACAAUGGCUGUGAGAAGACAUUCAGCACACAAUAUAGCCUCAAAAGUCACAUGAAGGGCCAUGAGAAGGGCCCCCCCUACACUUUGCUCUCCAACAGCAUCUCUGAGGAUACAAACCACUCACUCUGCCUGAGCGACCUGAGCCUCAUGUCUACAGAUUCGGAACUGCGGGAUAAUUCAAAUCCUAUGCAGGGGCAAGACUUGAGCACCAUCUCACCAGCAAGCAUCUUUGAGUCUAUGUUCCAGAGCCCAGAGCCUUCUGCCAGUCAGGAAGACUCUCACCCGGCAGAUGUCUUGAUCGAAGAUUUUGUUGAUGACACAGAGCCAGCCCCAGCAGCCCCUCUCCCUCCCAGUGAUACCACCCCAGCAUUAUCCCUGCCGCUGGUUCUGCAGCUGGACAUCUCUGACACGGCCCCUCCAGCGCUACCUCUUCCUGGUGCUGGUGGUCCGCAAGCGGCUUAUGGCACACCGGCCCCACUCCUCCAGUCUCCUGAAGUGCCUGUUUCUGACCGCACACCGUUUGCAGCCAAUCCCCAGGACUUCCUGCAGCAGCACAUCCAGGCACCCCCUCAGUCUGCUGAAAUGGGGUUUUCUGUAGGCACAGGGACCACUUCAGCUCUCCCAGCCACUGCCGCUACUGCCACUCCUGCAGCCGUGAGUGUGGCUGAAGUCCAGUCCAUGCCUGUGGGAGGGAGCUCUGUGCUGGCUGGCAGCCCGACUAUCACCAUCACCCCCUCGCAAAGCGCAGCCAUCCUGCAGUCCAGCAUUGUCAUGGGAGAGCAGAACCUCCAGUGGAUUCUAAAUGGAGCCACCAGGACGUCCCAGAGCCAAGAGCAAAUGCCCCAGGCUCCUGUGCUGGAGAAGGUCUUCUUUACAACUGCCUUGCCUGUUGCUGGUAACGCGGGGAGCUCCAUGCAGCAGAUUGGGCUGAGCGUUCCUGUUAUCAUCAUCAAGCAGGAGGAGGCUUGCCAGUGCCAGUGCGCCUGCCGGGAUUCAGGCAAGGACAAAGCUGCCUCUGCUGGAAGCAGCAGCAGCAGCAGCAGCACUGAGAGCAAGAAGAUGAGCAGUUCUUCACUUGGUUCCCAGGUCUCAGGGGAGCCCCUCACCCCAGGCCCCCUGCUUCCAGCCUUCACUGUUGCUACGGCCCCUGCUGCCGCUGGCACCCCUGCUGCCACCCUCCUCUCGCCCACAUUGCCUCCCCCGGCUCCUUGUGAGUCAGGCUCUCUAGUGCGGAGCCCUUCAGACUCACUGCAGAACCAGUCCCUAAGUGCCAUGGAUGUCUCUGACUUCCUCUCUCUCCAGAGCCCCUCUGAGAUCCCCCUUGAAGCCCUCCUGCAAGGGGGAGAAGAGGAGGGGGAGGCAGCAGAGGAAGGGGAGCUUGCCCUGGGGAGCAGCUUCCCUAAGUGAAAGAGCCCUUCCAGCCCCGACCAGGAGGACGGGAGGAGCAGGAUGAGCAAGGGGCCCCAGAUGUUCCUGCUUAGGAGGAGGAGGAGAGAAAAGAGGCUUGUCUGAAGGGCUGGGCUGCACUCUCUGGUCACUUUGGUUCAUGGUGGCGCCUCUGAGCAUAGGAAUCGGUCACUGAGAGGAGGAGGAGGAGGCUUCUGUGGGCUGUCCGCUCUCAAGUUGCACCAAUGCCAUGGUGGUGGAACUGGCAUUGGAGGUGGUGCUGGCAGCAUUGGCAAGAGACUUCUUACAGCUCCUGGGGGGUCUCUUCACAGUAUGAGGAGCAUGCGCUAGAAUACGGGCAAGGGAGAGCAUUGCGGGUCCUCACAGCAGAGCCCUCUGCAAUUUGCAGGUUGCUGGUGUCCCCAGCUCGUGCCAGGGAGAAUGGGUGGCAGCAGCAGCAUGUGCUCUCUGUAUGGGCUCCUCUCCCUCCCAUUGCGCCUUCCAAGCACCUCCUCUUUUGCACAUAUGUCUCUGGCCCAGCUCUGGUGGGUGCUGGGGUUCCGCUGCUGACAUGGAUCUCAGGUUCAGCGCAGAUUCCUGUGGCUCACCAAAGCAGCUCCUGGGUGUUUACAUGAUUUUGGCGCCUUGGAGGAUUUGCACUGUCAAUUUUACCAGAACCAUUCACUCAGCACAGCAGCCAGUGGCAGAGAUGGGGAAGAGGCACCACCAGGCAAGCUUGGAAGGUUUUUGCUCUAGAGUGGCAGAGGUGGCCAUGGGGCCUAGCCUUGGUCAGGUGGGCCUGCUUUUGACAUGUAGGAACAGUUUGGCUAGUUCUAGCAACAAGGUGCUUGCCUUGAAGGUGUGGCAGAGUAAGUUCCCCGACCCUUCCCAUUUGCACAGAGUGGAUGCUGGGCCAGGUAGUCCUCUGGCUCUUCCCAAGGCUUCUUCCCGCUAAGCAGCAAUCACUGUGUUCAGGUUGUUGAUGUGGAAAAUGCAUCCUUUCUUAUCUUCUAACUUUACUCAGGGUAAAUUCUAACAUAGACUCCCCUCACCCCACCCAAAAGCCUGUAAGGUCUUGAAAAGUCUCCUUUUAAAAAAUGCUUUAUUUAUCUGCCAUUGUGUUAAUUAUUAAUUUAAGAAGUUUGAUGCCAUUGCUUGUCUUUCCUUGUCUGUUUGCUAGCCACCCCUUGAUAUUCUGAAGAUCGAAGGCCUUCCCUUACUGAGUAGAGUCAUUGUCUGGCCAGGUAUCCACAGCCAGGUAGGGCCUUGGCAGGAUGGCGCAGGGCACUAGCUAGCCCGAGCCAGGCAGAGAUUAGGAGGAGGGUGUGUUGGCUAAGUCUUUGGGCUGUUCAGCUUCUAGGCCUUGAAAUUUCCUUCUCUGGCAUGUCAAGACUUGGCUCACCUUGGGUUCUUUCUGGCCCCCACAACCAUAGGGACUUUGUUCUGUGUCAGGGGACUCGGGUAGGCAGAGCCAGUGAAGAGGAGUGUACAGAGGGCAUUAUUGCCACUGUUCUUCUGCUUUGCCCUUUCCGGAGCAGUAAAGAGCCCUGGGGAGUGGCUUUGCAAGGCCUCUGUGGGAGUGCUCGCCUCUGCCCCGUGGCUGGAUGUCUGCAUGAGUUCCUCUCCUUCCUGUCUGCCAAUGAGACAAACAGCCUGAAAUGCCACUUGGUUUGGCAUGGAGCCAUCCCCAAUGCUGGCAGGUCAGGGACUGAGAUUUUCAGAAGGUGCCCUGUGUUAGGCUGUUGCCUUGAACUGGAUGCUGGAGGCCUGGUGGUGGUGGGGAGACCAUCACCUAUUAUAGAGAGACCCCCCCCCCCCACACACACAUCUGUCUCCUAAGUCUGUCUGGGCUGGUUGCGGCUGCCGGUCACGCUGCCUUCAUUGUGCAAAGAACCCAGGACAUGAAUAGCUGUGGGGUGAAGAAGUGUCUUCCUCCUGGCUCAUCUGCUGGGAUGGAAGAGUGUGUCUGGAGUCUGUUGCUUUGGGCAGAAGCUGCUGCUGGAGACUAGAGGAGGAGAGUUCUUUGCUGAGGCUGCUCCCUUGACACUGGCCUGCUGGGCUUAAAAUGCACUUUAGUUCUCUUUAUGCUGACUGCUGCAGUUUUGUUUAUGAAUAAUAACUGUAAAGUUAUUAGGGUUGCUUCCCUUGUUUGCUCUGAUAGAAGUUAAGAAAAGGAGAGGAAAGAAAAGGAGCACUUAAUCUCCGUGCAAUAUGUAUAGCUAGCAGUGAUGUCCCCAUGUGUGAGUGCAUGUGCCUCUGUCUGUGUGCUAGGGAGCUGUGGCUGCUGUGUCCUCCGCUGCCCUCUUCCAACUUGUUCAUCUCGAAGCAAAUGUCCAGUCUAUGCAAAAUCUCCAUAGGCCAGAUUGCUCUUUCUGGAGCAAGGGUGGUCCCUGCUCAGAGCUCCAAGGAGAGCUGCUGUCCCUGCUCCACAGCUCCAACUAGCAAAAACCUCCAGGGGAAAGGUUUGGAGAAAAGGUUUUUCAGUCCUCUCUUGCACCUUCUUCCAGAACCUGCUGGUGGCUGAUCUGUAGACUCCACAAACCCCAACAACCGCAGCAGAAGCUGCUGCUGCUCUUGAGACCUGCAGGCAAGGAGGCGGCUGCAGCAACUGGCUGGUUUCUCUUUGCACAAGCCACAUACACACACACACACACACAAAGCUCCUGGGAACACCCAGGUGGGGUGGGGUGUUAUGAUGCUGAUAUGUUCUGAAUUAGGACGUGUUUUUAAAAAAACAACAACUUGGGGGUGUUAUUUCUCAAUUUUUUUCUAGAAGUAAUAUUGGCAUAUUUGUUUUGAUUUUCAUGCACCUGCCCUACAUUUGGGAAGGGCUGAUGACUCACCUAUUUGCGGGGCUCAUGGCUGUUUGUUUCUGGGGUUUGGACACUGGUUCUGCACUGAGAAAUGCCAAGGAAACUGGAUAUUUAUGUUGGGCGUGUGUGUCUGUGUGUUUGUGGAAUUGGUGCGUAACCCACACAGUGUUUUCAGUAGUGUGCUCACUGGCCAAAGCUGGGUUCUGUGCAGUGGACACUCUCUAGUAAAUGCAGUUUAUAUGUUUCUUAGCACAUGGGUAUUUUGGCUUUUUGUUCCUCAUGCAUUUUCCACAGUGAAGCCCAGGGAGACAUUGUUGUCCCCUACCCCCCCACAAAAAUUCCUUUCCUUUCCCAGCCUGUUAAUGGAAGUAGCUCCCUGCUUUGCUCAGCAAUGUUGUAUCUUUCCAAAUGCCCAGUUGCUGGAGUGCUUUAUGUGGGGAAACAGGAGGGGCUCCCCUUUUCUCUAGCAGUUCUGGGGGGGUGCAGAGGUGGGUGUAAGGGCUCUGUCAUGUCUUGGAGAACAGCCCCUUUCCUCCUUGGAACUAGUUGGAGGUAGAAUGGAUGUGCUCUGGAAGGGCGUUCCUAUUUGAGUAGGAAACUCACCCCACAGGUGAGACUGGAGGGUGGACAAAGGAAGGGGGAGGUAGUGAGGUGGAAGAGGGUCCAAGCCCACCUGACCGAUCACCACCUUCUCACAAGAGGCCUGUGGCUUCCAGAGUGGUGGCGGUGGUGGCUCCCAAAGGUGCUCAGAGACCUUUUGCAAAGUGCCUUUCCGGACCCUCACCCCCCUGCCUGGGCCAUGAGCUGAGCACCCCACUUCCCCCAUGCCAUGCCAUGCCAAGGUGAGCGAGCGAGCGGGAAAGUGGUGUUGCCGUGUGGCUCAGUUCCAGGAGGCGCAGGGCGAUGUCUCCUGGUGCUGCCUGACCUCCUGAGCUAGAUGAGGGGCAAAGAAGAGGCGAUUUGAAGUUGCCCGUUUCUCUCAGGAGUAUGUGUGUUGCGUUUAAGCGAAUUUAAUUUAACUCUGAAACAUGGGAACAAAUGUCCUUGCAUUUGAGUGAUGUGAAGAUGUUAGUUACAGGUACAGUACUUCCAAAGGAAGAACCUCUCCAAACCCCCGGAGCAUAAACAUGAAUUUGUAUUUUUGAAGAAUGUAAAAUGUGAAAUAACAGUGUUUGCUUAACUGCUCCAUUUUGUAUUAAAAAAAAAAGAGAGAUUAAUAUUGUACUUUGAAAUACAUGCCAGGAAGUGGAAAUUAAUUUUUUUAAUUGAAAGCAAUAUUAAUACCAAUGGGAUCUAAUUAAAUGCUUAUUUAAA